AAGUCGUCGUUUUUGUUGUUGACCGCGUAUUGUUGACAAACUUUUCCACUAAAUAAUUGCAAGCUUUUCAUCUCGUAGUUCGUAAGAUUACGCUUUUGUGGUGAUUACGUUUCAAUUGUUUGUCAUCACAAUAUUAAGUUUGCGAAUAUUCCGCAUAACUAAAAACAAAGAAUAUUGUUUUCGUGCCAAUAUGUUGCGCACAAAAAUUCAUAUUGUUCUGAGUGCCAUCGGUGCAAUUUUAGGCGUAUCUGCAUUUAUAUGUUUCUGCCUGGUCUACGCAAAUGUUGAGGCAGGCAUGUGGGCGUUAUUAUCGGGUAUCCAUGCAUCACUGGCUCUGAUGCUGCAUUGCCACUACCUAAAGGAAUCUCUGCAUGUGAACUUCUCCCGUAAAGCUCUCCAGUACAUCGGAGACUUCGGCAUGAUUGGCUUUGUCUCUGGCACGGCGCUUACCUUAUUCUACAUAUUUUUGGAGAGCUAUUACAAAACAGACGUAAUGCCGAUCCAAUCCAGCAUCAUCAUCCGGAUAGUGUGGUCUUUCAUGAUGAUGAAGUGGGGCCUCAUGCUGUACUGGACCACCAAGAAGUACCUGCGAACCUACAACGACCACCAACUGUUUUCGGAAAACCCCAACAUUGAGGAGACGUAAACUCCGGUAUGUAUGAGUUGUUAUUCUUACUCCCUGCAGACUACAGAGUUUUGGUCGGCCAAUAGUCAGGGUUCAUCAUGAUAAUUAUCGUGAUAAUAACAGAUGGAUAAUUAUCGGUUAAAAAUGCGCCCGUGAAAGUGAA